UAGGACGUUUCAUAUGUGGUCGACACUUGACACACUAUGCCCAAAUACCCAUUACGGCCAUACCACCGCAAAUGAGUAGGGUGCGAAAACGUAUAAUUUUAGGCGGCCUGCCAUCUUUACUUUCGAUUUCUAGCUUCAUAUUUUGGGUUCUCAACAGCAUUUUAACCCUUCUCAUUCCCAGAAGCAGGGUCUAAUUACAUUAAUUCGUUAUACUUCCUUGAUCUUCAUUAACAUCCGAGAGACACAACAAUGGUGGUUGCGUCAAGUGCUAGUUCCUUUGCCAAAGAGGUGUCUAUUCGCAGGAGAAUUAUGAGCAUAUUUAAUAAGAGAGAAGAAGAUUUCCCAUCCCUUAGAGAGUACAAUGAUUACUUAGAGGAAGUGGAGGAUAUGACGUGCAACUUAAUUGAAGGAAUAGAUGUUUCUGCCAUUGAAGCUAAAAUUGCCAAAUACGAGUUAGAAAAUGCAGAGCAGAUUAUGAAUGCUCGAGCUCGCAAGGCAGAGGAGCUAGCAGCUGCUAUGGCAGCCAGCAAGGGACCUUCACAAGUUCAGGAUGAAACCGAAGUGGAUACAGAACAGAUAGGAAUGUCUACCACAACCCAAGGGCAGUAUGCCCCUGCUGUUACCGGAGGAUCACUUAUGCAACCAAGACCAAUGGGCCCACAACCACAACCCCUUGGUAUCGAUAUGAAUCUUGAUGAAGAAAAAAUGAUGAGGUUACGAGCUGAAAACAAUGGUCGUUGUGGAGGAUGGAAUCCGGAAUUCAUAAAGAAGAGGGCACUUGAGGAAGCUUUUGGAAGCCUUUGGAUUUGAGUUCUUUGAACCUAACUCAUGCAAAGCCUAUUUUCCUUUUUAUUAAAAUGAACUAUGAACCCAGUUGAGUAGUUUUGUAGUUGUAGUUUUGAAAUAGCCUAAAUGUUUAUUUUAUGUACUUUACUACUUUCUCCUCACAAGAUUCUUACAUACUGUUAGAAUAUACUUUUCUGUUCCACUCAUUUUGCAGCAUUUAGAAGAAAAAGUUUUACAUUUUAAUUUGAAAUGAUGCAAAAUGAGUACAACAAAAGAGUAAGUAGUUAAUCAUGGUUAUUCAUGACUUAUAUUUCUGAUGUUUGUCAUGGCUUAACUUUUUCUAGUUGCAUCUUUCAUGUAUAGCUACUCAAAGUACAUUUUGAAUCAAGAACAAGAUUUCAUAACAUGAAUUAGUUUCACAAUAGUAAUUUGAGAAUAAUUCUUUAUUC